AUGAAGCAGGUUCUAAUUGUUGACCACGCAGAUGUCAUAUUGAUGCAGAAUUGGUCACACGUGAAUACAAUUGUUGAACAAUUAAAUCGGAUACCUUCCGAGCAGCAUGGAACAGAUAUUAUGCGCAUUAGGCAAUGGUAUUUAGACGGUCAAGCGCCAUUCUACCGGCAAUCAAUAAUAUUAUCUUCUCACAUAAAUCCAGACAUCAAUGGGUUAUUCAACCAUCAUUGCCUCAACCACGAAGGAAAGGUCAAAUUGGCAAGCGAGUCUAAAGGUGUUUUACCAAAGGUAGUACUUCAAAUACGGCAGAUUUAUGAGCGAUUUGAUGUAAAGACUGCAGAAGAUGCUGAUGAUGCUCGGUUUGAUUAUUUCACAAAAAAGGUGUUCCCCAAGAUAAAGGAUUCCAUUGAGGGUGGUAUAAUGCUAUUUAUUAGUUCUUACUUUGAGUUUAUCCGAGUAAGGAACUUUUUGAAGUCACAAGAGGCAUCCUUUUGUCUACUGGGAGAGUACACCGAGCAGAGUGAUAUAUCUCGCGCACGAGGGAGGUUUUUCGAUGGAAAGAAGAAAUUCAUGCUUUACACUGAAAGAGCUCACUUCUAUCACCGAUAUAAGAUACGUGGCAUUCAGAACUUGAUCAUUUAUUCACUUCCAGAGCGGAAAGAAUUUUACCCAGAGGUUGUAAAUAUGCUACAAGGGUCUGCUUGCACUGUUCUAUUUUCUCGCUUUGACCAGCUUCGGCUCGAGAGGAUUGUUGGUACUGCUGCUUCGAAAAGGAUGGUCACGUCGGACAAGGGUGUUUUUGUCUUCUGUUAAAAGGAAACUCACAAAAAAUUUCAACGGAGAAGUGUUUGGC